ACGCAGGGGGGUCAAACAAGCGGCGGUUGAGGGCAUUAACUAUCUUCUCUCUCUGGUCGGACCCUUGAUCCUCUUCGGACUGUGACAGCCAUGGCUCUACCGCUUCUGCCUGGCAACAGCUUUAACCGCAAUAUAGGAAAGGAGAAGUUCCAUAGGUCUCAACAUUGGGGCUUUUGCAACAAUGUCAGGAUGCUCGUGAGUGAGGAUAAGCCUGGAAUAGGUGGAGAUCUACUACCUGGGCAAAAGAUAAAGCCUAAACACAGCGUAUUUCCCAAAGGAGAUGGAACCGAUGCGCCAUCCUGGGUUGCUUUUGAUAAGCAGGUAUUAUCUUUUGAUGCCUAUUUGGAAGAUGAAGUACCUGAUAAAAGGCAAGAAAACUUUAGAAUAAGAUACUAUAAAAUCUAUUUCUACCUUGAAGAUGACACCAUUCAAGUAAAUGAACCAGAAGUGAUAAAUAGUGGACUGCCUCAAGGUACUUCUAUCAGGCGUCAUCGGAUUCCUUUCCCACCUCCUUAUGAUGAUCAGUUUUAUACUGUGUACGACUUCAAUAUCAACAUAAGUGUUGUCUUCUAUGGACGCACGUUCAAGAUUUAUGAUUGUGAUCCAUUCACAAAAAACUUUCUGAGGAAAAUAGGAAUCAAAUUGAAUCCUCCAGGACAACGUCCAUUUGAUCCCUACAUGAAAAUGCGGAGAGAGACGUUAGAGUUUGUGGAUCCUUUUCGUCCCUAUCAUUCUUUUGACACCCUGAAACGAUUCCUCCAGUAUGAUGGGAAGGUUUUGCGUUUCUUCUGCCUGUGGGAUGAUUCAGCCUCACUGUUUGGGGAUCGUAGAGAAUUUGUCCUUCAUUACUUCCUUUGUGAUGAUACUAUUGAAAUCAGAGAAAUACUGCCAUCUAAUUCGGGCCGGGAUGCUAUGUCAUCAUUCCUUCGGAGGAGUAAACUUCCCAAGUUUGGCCCACCCGGAAUCUACCAACCGGGCCAGAUAACAGAUCGAGCAGUUCUCAAUGUGUAUGGGGGCUUGUCAGAAUGGCGAGCAGAUGGCUACCUGUUGGAUAAAUACCAGCUAGGAAAAAUAGAGCAAGACUUUUACACAGACCAGGACCUGUCUAUAGGUGCCACGAUUAAUGUCUGGGGAAGAAAAGUCCUCCUCUGUGACUGCGAUGAAUUUACCAAGACCUAUUAUAAGACAAAGUAUGGAGUUGAUAACUUUACGCCUAUUUCAUGCAAGCCUCCUCCUCUUCCAAAAAUAAAAAGGAAAUACCCACCUUACACUGGCUUUGGGUCUGAAGAGGAUUCUUUCCGCUCCUGUGUGAGCCUCAAGCCCACACCUCAUCGGAAGAACUUCAGAAAAUUCAUGGAACUAGACAGCUUUGGAAACGUAAGCAAUAUACUCCGGUAUUUUGCAAAGCUAAUUACACACAAAUGUGCUGAUGUGGACAGGAUGUUUGUCAUUGCAUUUUAUCUCAGCGAUGACACAAUUUCAGUGUUUGAACCUAUAGAGAGGAAUUCAGGGAAUGCUGGUGGGAUGUUCUUGAAAAGAAGUCGUGUGAAAAAGCCUGGACAAGAAGUGUUUAAAAGUGAAUUUUCAGAAUACGUCAAGGCUGAAGAGCUUUUUAUUGGAGCCACAGUGAAUAUUAAUGGCUACCUCUUUCUUCUGCUUAAUGCUGAUGAGUACACCUUAAACUAUAUGGAGAGUAACACAGACAGGUUUCCAUAUAGCAACUUUGAACUUGCCAUACAAAAGCUGAAACAUGAAAAAUCAAAAUCAAGAGAGAUCACACAAGUGUUUGCAGCUGCUGACUAUAAUCACACGAAGGUGGUGCCUUAUAAUACAUUCAGAGAUAUCCUGAUGAGCAUCACUAUGGGGAAUCUCAUAGACCAGGAGCUCAUAACCAUUGCACGCCACUACCGUGUGCCUGAAGUUAUGGAUCCAGACUUAGCAUACUUAAUUGCACAGGCCCAUGAAAAGUUCAAGAAAAAUAUGUUUGAGAAUUUUGACAUGUUCAUUUAUAACUGUGUAUAUGAAGACAGAGAAAGGUAAGAUUUGUGUAUUACCACAGACAUCAGAUGUUACAAGUCUUCUGAGCUACCUUUGAGUGAUGACUUAGAUUGCUUACUGUCAGGUAAGUUUGAAGACAAAGACCAACAAAUAAAUUAUGAGAUAUUUUUCUCCCUCCUGAACUGGAGAAUGAAUCCGACACCUGAUUUGCAAGCCCCGCCAUACCUUAAAGAGAAAUGUGAAGACGUUUGGGUGGGAAUGCCAUCACCUAUUCCUGUGAGAUACGUUAGGUACUUAGACUUUUUGACGGAUGUCUAUGGCUUAGAGGAGAACAUGCCAUGAAGGUUUUCAUCAACUCUCUUUGAUUUCCUGUUCUCAUUAUGCCAUUUUAUUUUAAUAGAUAUAAUUUCAUUAAAAACAAACAAAAAUAAGAAGCAAGGUUUCUAUUAAAUGGAAAUCCAUUAACCACAAUUAAUUUUCUUUGUCACUGUAGCUCCUCAGAACAGCUUGUUAUAUUGCUGAUGUACCAGCACUAUUAAAAAUACCAUUUAAAACA